AUGUCGACGACAGCAGCGGCUCACUGUUUGCAGUUGUGUUUCCCUCAAGGAAGUAUAAAAAAAGAUCGACCCGGUGUAUUAGAUAAUAAUGACUGUCUGAAAUAUUUUGUAUGGUACUGGCAGAUUGCCCUAAUAGAUCAACAGCUAUCAGAAGUCACGGAAGAUGAAAAGCGUGCGCCUCUACUCGAAAUGCGUUCUGAUUUGCUUGAACUUGUGCAGUUGCUAAUGGAGCAGGCUGAAGAGGGCGGCAGUGCGGAAGAUGGCAGUCAAGAUUCGCCUACCGCAGAUUCAGAGAAUUUUGGUAUGUUCUAUAGUUUAUCUCAUGGAGAAGUUGUACCGUUGGCUCAUCUCAAUGAAUACAAAGAUCCAGACUUUAAUCAUGGAGAAAUUGUACCAUUGGCUGAUCUCAAUGAAUACAAAGAUCCAGACUUUAAUUCACUGACUGUUGGAAGCCUUGUUUUGGUGUCUGUCAACGCUCCUACUCCAUUAUGGGAGGUUGGUCGGCUUAUAGCCAUGGACAAGGAUGAUAUUGCUGUUAGAGUGCUGAAAAGCAAUGUCGAAGUAUCCUCCAAAUUGGACCAGAUAGUCGCUCUAGAAGGAGAUGUUGAAGAUGUUACUGAAAUGUCAUCCCAUCUGAAAUCAAAAGAAGCUGAUACACUUGACGAGAAUAGUGGCAGAGAGUAUUGGAAUGAGCAAAAGGGGCAAAGAUGUGGAAAUGUUACAGUAGGAGAUCUCGGAAAUUGGCAUGGUGGCGGAUUUGGUUUGAAGCUUAUGCAAAAAAUGGGGUACAAGUUGGGAGAGGGCCUUGGUAAGAAUAGUGACGGAAUCGUCCACGCGAUUCAAGCGAAAAUUGUCCCUAAAAAUAGCUCUGUUGAUGCAUGCAUGACGGCUAAAACAAAAGUUGUAGAUGGUAUUCAAAGAAUGAAAUCACGAGUACGUGAAGGGAUGAAGCAAACGCAUAAUUCGGUGGAUGUUGAUAUUUUCACAUUUCUUAACAGAAAGCUGGAACAGCCGCCUGCAAAGACGGAGCAAGAAGAACUGAAGGAGGAACGCCGCAAGCUGGCAAAAAGUAGUUCAAAGUCGCUCGGAGCGCAAGGUCUUGAUCUCGAAUCUGAGUUGAAGCAUCUGAAAAGCAAAGAGAAGAAACUGCUUGAGGUCAGCUUCGUUUCUUUUUAG